AUGGCAUACUCCAGACAGGAUUCCACGGGGUACGCCCUGGACAGUGACUACAUGACCAGUCCGCUGCAUCGUCCGAUGGAUGCCUUUCCGGGCAAGGGCCCCGACCCCUUGUCGGGCAAUUGGAACUAUGACAGUGCCAUUGAUCUGUUCUCGCUGAACACGACGACCAUGCUGCCCGAGCCGCUGCAGCUGGACAUUCCCAACGAGUUUGUGAACAUCGAUCCGAAGGAGUUUCCUGCCGAGUUCUUUGCGCCGCCGCCCGAGUUCAGCGGCUUUACCAUCUCCAACCACGGCGAAGAUGUCGCUUCGUGCGGAUCCAUCUCAUCUGACCUAGAAAGCGACGACCAGUCCUGGUCUCCCUCCUAUAUCCCUCCGACAGAGCUGUCCAACGCACUGCCCGAGCCCGCUCGCCGCAACACCGACCCCCACGUCGAGCAGAAGCCACAAGAGCGGGCGCAGCGAUGGUCGUCUAGUCCGGACCUCGCACCCCAGGAAUACACCAGCGCGGUCUCGCCGCCGCCCGCCCCGACCACCCUCCCUGCCAGCACGACACGCAAAAUGGCCCGUAGCCUGUCCGGCGACUCCAGCGCCAGCACGGGCGCGACCACCGCCUCUGGCCGCAACGCCGCCAAGCGGGCGGCGCACAACAUCAUCGAGAAGCGGUACCGCACCAACAUGAACGCCAAGUUUGUGGCGCUGGAAAAGGCCAUGUGCGGCGGAGUCCAGAAGCCGAGCAAGGGCGGUUCGGCGUCACUCAAGAAAUCGGAGAUCCUGACCAAUGCCAUCAACUACAUGCAGGAGCUGCAGGAGGAGAACAAGGCCCUGCGGAAGGAGAUGGAGGUGAUGAAACAGAAUAUGAUGUGGCGGAGAACGUAA